AUGGAGAGAACUUUAGCGAUUAUAAAACCAGACGGAUUACUUGGUAACUACACUGAUGACAUCAAGAAAACAAUUAUAGAAUAUGGUUCCAGCAUUUUUAAAGAAAAGAUUGUUCAACUUGAUGAGGCCACUGUAGAACAGUUUUAUGCUCAGCACUCUUCAAAAAGUUUCUUUUCCAGACUUAUAAAAUACAUGACAAGUGGACCAGUGUUGGUCAUGGUUUUGGAGAAGGAUAAUGCUAUUGCUGAUUGGCGCGCUUUAAUGGGCCCUACUGAUGCCAGCAAGGCUAAGAUUACUCACCCUCACAGUAUCAGAGCAAAAUGUGGAUUGGAUAUAGAAAGGAAUUGUGUUCAUGGUUCAGACUCUCUCAAAUCUGCACAAAGAGAGAUUCCAUUUUUCUUCAAGGAGCUGUCCUCAGGUCAAUAA